AUGUCUUGUUUUUGUAUUUGCUUUUGGCGAUGUUUCAAAAACAGGCUUACAGAGAAAAAUGCUGAAAUUCUUAAAAAAAUCCUGUAUUAUAUCAGUAGUGCAGAUAAUCAAACUAAUGAACAGCUCAACUACGUAAUUCAGGAAAUAUACAUGGUGAUAUCGAAUGAAUAUACAGAUAGUACUAUUUUUCUUGAAAAGCUGAAAAGCACCAUAAUAAAGGGCAAACAAUUGCAUAAAUCCAGUCAUGAUAUUAAGAUCAAUAAUCAACAUUCGAAUACUACAAAAGGACAUAGGAAGUCGGAGAAUUGUUCUAUGCAAUCGUUUCCUCAGUCAGUAAAUAAUUAUAGUUCUCAAUUUUCAGAAUACAGAACUGAUGAGAAAAAUUAUGACUUUUCUCACUCCCAACUUCAGUUAGUUUUGAGAAUGGAAGGCAUCCGUAAUUGGCUCCAUUUAAUUGCUUCAUGUGGUCUAUUAAAUGAACUUGAUCCACCACUUCCACGUAUUUCUUCUAUAGAAAGGCAUAUACGGAUCGGAUCUUGGAACCUUAACCGCUUCGGUUUAAGUAAAGCUAAACAUCCAGGAUUCAUGGAAGUUGUUUGCCUGACCAUUUUACGAAUGAACGUCUCAUUAAUAUUGCUUCAAGAAGUCUCAGACCCUUUAGUUGCUGAUUAUCUGUGCAAUGAGCUAAAUUAUCCAUCUCUUCCCCACGUAAAACGAUGGGUUGAAAAAUUUCCUCUGUCUACUCCCCCGUACUGGAAAGCGUCAAGUUCGAUCCAACCAACUGGUUCCAUGUUCCGUGCAAAAGAGUAUGCCGUUUUUCUAUAUAAUUCUCGAUGUGGUAUUCGGAUUUCUCGGACAAGUUUAUUGGAAAAGUCUUCGAACUCAUUACCUGUUUCAAGAAAGUCGUUUACACGCAGUCCAUGUGGAGCCUCCUGCCAUAUUCAACAUAUUAACUUAGUUCUCAUUUCAGUACAUUUGAAGGCAAGUGGAUUAAGAAAUAGUCAAAUUGGCAGGACUAUCUCAGAAAUUGAAUCUCUUGGCUAUCUUGUUCAAGCUUUUUAUGAAACACAACCUAGGGGAACAUAUCUCAUUAUAGCUGGUGAUUUCAACCUCUUCCCAACACAUGAAGUUUAUCGGGUAUUACGUGAACGUGGUUUAUGGCCAGUACUCAAAGGUGAACAACAAACUACCAUGAAUUAUUCUAAAUCCAGAUCUAACCAUUUUAGAGCAUAUGACAAUGCAUGGCUUUCUGCUAACCUCUCUUUGACUUCUGAAUCGACUAUUCGUUGGACUGGUGAUUCUGGUGUCAUAUUAAAAGGGCUCAGACAUCCUUUAAUUCCGGAGGAAACAGGAAGUGGUGCAAAUGGUCUUGUUAGUGAUCAUGCUCCCAUAUGGUUUGAUAUUCACUUAACGUAA